AAAAUCAGCAAAUUUGUCUAUUGUUGUUUGGUGUAAAUGACAUCGAGUCUCUAAUAUUUUACCUCCAGGAAGUUUUUAAGAGGCGUCGUGUUUACGGUGUCUAACAAUCUUCCUGUUGUUAUAAACGUUGUAUUAGGUUUGUAGACGUGUGUGUGUGUGUGUGUGUGAGUGAGUGAGAGACAGAUGAUGAUGCAGCUGCAGUCUAUGGCGGAAGUGUGCAGUUUAAACUCAGAGGGUUUGUGGUGUGGAGACGAGGUUCAGCACUCAGAUCAGACUGAUCUAAAGAUCUGUGCAGUCAAACUGGUGGACAUCAGGAACAUACAGACACGCAAUGGAAACAUAAUGUCCGAAAAUCUGCCUUCUGGAGCUCCAGGUGAAUCCACCAUGUUUGAUGGAGACAAGGAGACACUCCAAGCUCAGAUAAAGAUGAGUUCAGGGAGACUGGUGGAUUACAGAAAAGUAGAAGCUGAGGAUAAAUCCAGUAGUUUUGAUGACCAGCAAACACUUCACGCUCAGUUAAAGAUGAGUUCAGUGAGGCUGGUGGAUUGCGGAAAAAUCCAAAGCAGAAAAACAGCAGCUAAAAGUGAUCCAGAAGGUCAAAUCAGCAGGUUUGAUGGAGACCAGCAAAGACUGGAGGCUCAGUUAAAGGUGUGUUUGGUGAAACUGGUGGAUUGCAGGAAGGCAGCAGUCGAAGGCAAGUCCAACCAGUCUUCUGAUGAAGAGGAUGAAGAGCAAACGAUCAAAAGAAAGUCCCCCAGAAAACUAAAGUUUGGGAGGAGCUCGUAUGCGUUACAUCUUUCAGGCGAACAUAUUGUACUUUGUAAGGGACAAAGGGUGUUUCAGUGCAGCGGGUGCAGUGAGAGGUUCAGUAGUUCAUUAGACUUUAAAAGACAUCAAAACGUGCAUCCGGAGGAGAAGCCGUACCACUGCACGCGCUGUGGAAAAGAUUUCUCACAGCGAUCGCAAGUGCGAAGACACCAGAAGGUUCACGCUGGAGAGAAGCCUUAAGAGUGCAGAAAAAAAACGUUUCACAAGGAUCACAACCUACAGUAUAGUGCACACCAGAGUAAAGUAUCACUAGUGCUCUCGGUGUGAUAAGGCCUUUCUUCACCGUUCCGUCUUAUCGUCGAACAAAGAACGCACAGAGGACCGAAGCCUUGGCACUGUGAUCUCUGUGGAAAACCGUUUACACAAACAUCAUCUCUCAGUGCAGCUCAGACUCUGUCAUAGCAUCUCACAGUGUACAAACUGCUGCACACUGAGCAGAAGCCUUACAGCAACUUUAUCUACCAGCAAAGGAUUCAGAACAACCAGCCAGAGAAGAUUCCUGCUCUGGAAAAGCCUUAAUGCUGCUCUUUGUAUCCCACAGCCUAGAAACAUGCUAGAAAGAUGCCUCAUCUGCGCUCUAAAUGUGUUGGAGCGUCGGGCAGCUGUGGGCCGGGCAUUUAGUAAAGCAGAAACACAAGAGCAAACGAGAGUCUUUAUUUAUUACUUAACACAGGGGCAGCACGAGACAUAAAGUGCACAAUAAACUCACAACUACUCACGAGUAUCACAGCAAAGAAGAACAUGCAUCUGAAUAUACAUUGUGCUUGUUAUUUACAGACUGAGACUGAGGUCUCUGUCCAGAUUAGCUACAUGAAAAAUACUUUACUCUUGCUGAAGUGUCUUUAAUGACGGUCUCUGUAACGAUUUCUUUGGUAAUUCUUGCUGUUUUGACAAUUUUCAACAGAACAGGAAAUUUAACCGCAUACUUAGCGAUUUGAGUUUUGCUCUAAAACAAAUGAAGAAAGUGAUUCAUGUAAACAUUGAAAAAUAAUUUAAUUUAACCUUCUUUCUAUAAUACUAUUUUAAUUAAAAUAUGUGCAAAUUAUUA